AUGGCCCCCACCCUAUUCCUCAUCGCAAUCAACUCCAUCUUCCAAAAAAUCCCGCCAAACAUACAAGCUCUGGUCUACGCAGACGACAUUCUGCUCAUAUCAACAUCAGCCUUUCCCAAGACUACCAGGAAAAGACUCCAAGAUGCCUUGACCGAAAUAGCAAACUGGGCACCCACUGUGGGCUUCCAGUUCUCACCCAGUAAAUCCUGCCUCCUACAUAUCGGUCCAAAUCGAAGAAAACUCAAGAAAUUGCCCGACCUCACCAUCAACAACCAAAUAAUACCACUGACCCGCUCCACCCGCCUACUUGGUAUUUGGGUGGAUGACCGACUAAACUUCAAUCUUCAUCUGAACCAGAUUCGAAAGAAUGCCAAAGCUAAGUUAUCCAUCCUUCAAAUCCUAGCCAACAAAACCAGCCACGCCCACAGAGAUUCCCUCUUUCGCUUCCUCCACGGUUGGUUUCUUCCUUCAAUCCUACACGGGCUGGGCCUACUCAGCCGAGCUAGUUCAGAAAUCAUCAACAAAUUGGAACCUCUGUACAAUAGCUGCAUACGAAUCAUUGGCUCCGCUUUCUGCACCAGCCCAAUCAGUUCACUGAUGGCUGAGAGCGGCCAAACCCCAUUCAAAUACACAAUCGCUAAACUUCUAUCAUCAAAAGCCGUGCGUUGGCUCUCAAAUGGGGGCUCCAGCGAAUACCAAAUGGUUGCUAGAACGAACACCCUUCUCUCCAACCUGACGGGCAACGAAAUCCCACCGAUCUGCCCCAGACCAGAACCUCGUAUUAGUUUCUGGAACGAUAAAACUCCCAUAGUAAAUUUAAGCCUGAUGCGAGUUAUUAAAAAAAAUGAUCCCCCAACAAUCAUUCAAGCCCACUUUAGACAGCUUGUGGAACAUAAAUUUGGCCACCUCCCUCACGCAUACACAGAUGGUUCCAAAACCAACAACGGCCGAGUCGGGAGCGGCGUAUACAAUGGUAACAACAAUCUAAGUCUACCUAUCCCAUCGCAAUGUUCGGUCUUCAGCUCCGAGGCGUUCGCAAUACUAAAAGCAGCUGAAACAUACGAUCCAAAAACUGUCAUCUUCAGUGAUUCGGCCAGUGUGCUCUCCGCCUUGUCACACGGCAACAUUAAACACCCUUGGCUACCAACCAUCACCAAAAUAGCUCUCCAAAAGCAAAUCACCCUUUGCUGGGUACCGGGGCAUGCCGGAAUCCCCGGAAACGAAGCCGCCGAUCGACUUGCAGCCGCAGCCACGCUUUCGGAUCCCCCGCCGAUAGCCAUUCCUCAACAAGAUGCCCUCAACUUCAUAAGAAGGUCUCUACAAGAAUCCUGGGACAUCGAAUGGAACUCCAAUCUCCAUGCAAAGUUGCCAGCAGCAGCAGCAACAGCAGAGGGUAGUGAGCAACAGAAGCAGAGCAGCAGGGAAAUUGGUACGUCGAUCGAGUAUCUUACCGUGGUUGGAGGGCUUGGUGCAAGGUGGCGAGAGCAGUGGGCGGGUGGGGGGCGCGCUCUAUCGACCACUAUCAAACCAGCGUAA